UUCACAAUAGCGCGCUCCUCCGACUCCUCCGGAGAGGUCCAACAACCCUUCCUCCUUCUCUCCCUCCGAGGGCGACUUGGGGCUGCGCUGGGCUCCUUCAGCGGAGGCACCUGCGCCCCUGGCCCUUCCGGGGCCCCUGAGCCCCCUCCGCCGGUCCCCCAGAGAGAGGGCCCCCCUGGGCUGGGCUCCCUGGCUUUCGGGGCUCUGCUUCUUCUCCUCCUCCUCCUGGCCUGGAACAAAGGGAGCCCGGGGGGCGGAUGCGGUGAGGAAGGCAAGGCAAGGCAAGGCAAGGCAGCCGGGAGGACAGAGGCUUCCUUCAGCAUGGGCUGCUGCUGCUCCGGACGCUGCACCCUCAUCUGCCUCUGCGCCCUGCAGCUGUUAGCUGCACUAGAGAGACAGAUCUUUGACUUUCUUGGAUUCCAGUGGGCUCCUAUCCUUGGUAAUUUCCUGCACAUAAUAAUUGUCAUUUUGGGUUUGUUUGGAACUAUACAAUACAGACCUCGAUAUAUAGUUGUGUACUCAGUAUGGACAGCAAUCUGGGUCACAUGGAAUGUUUUCAUUAUCUGUUUCUACUUGGAAGUAGGUGGGCUCUCUAAGGAAACUGAUCUCAUGACCUUUAACAUCUCAAUGCAUCGAUCCUGGUGGCGAGAGCAUGGACCAGGCUGCAUACGAAAAGUAGUGCGUCCUUCAGCUCCUGGGAUCUUAGAUGAUUUUUCCUAUGUCUCUGUGACAGGCUGCAUCAUUGACUUCCAGUACCUAGAGGUCAUUCACAGUGCUAUCCAAAUACUACUUUCUUUGAUUGGUUUUGUUUAUGCCUGUUACGUGAUCAGUGUUUUCAUGGAAGAAGAGGACAGCUGUAAGUACUGAUACACACCUUCCCAUCUCUGGAGCCACAGUCUUGGGGUCGAAAUAAAUAAUGGACACUGAUGUACCAGUCGUGUUUAUCAGUAUUUUACUGAAUCAAAUUUUUGAAGGAAGCACCAGUUCUGCAAAACUGUCUUGCAGAAAGACACCCGGACUGUGGAUUCCACUACCAAUGUCUGACUGGUUACAACCUGGAAUUUCUUCUUGUUGUUGUUAGGUGGAUCCUUGUUAGAUUAUCUUGAAUUUCCUUUUGAUUAUUCACUUUUAUGAACACUUGUAAAUUGUAACUUUUUAAUUUUUCAUGUUAUUUUUACAAAUAUCUAGUGUUUAUGGCAUGAAACAAUUGAAUGUGUAAAAAAAGCCUCUUUCCCCCAAACAAUUGGCCAAUCUUUUUGGACUAAUACAAUCAUACUGGCCCUGCAUGUGCUAGUAGUAUUUUGAUGCACACUCACAUCCCCCCAAACCACUAGGUUGUGGAAUAGCUAGGCUCAGGAGAGAGAUGACUUCAUGUUUAACCUACUGUGUACUAUCCAAUAAGAAUUCUUUUCCAGAUAUUUUAAUGUUUAGCAUUGCAGUCUAGUAGUGCAAUGCUGCAUAUUUACGUAGAAAGAAGCCCUGUUGAGUUCAGUAGGACUUAGUCCCAGAUGAACUACAUAGGAUCUCAGCUCUAGGGUUCUAAUAUGUAUGCCACACUGUUGAGUGGAGCUUUCUCCCAAGUAAAUAUGCACAAAGAGUUUGCAUAUGACUACUUCUUCCAAUUUUCUCUUUGAACAAUAUGUUUGCUUAUAUACAUUGGGCUAGAUUAGAUUUCAGUGUGUGCAACUGGGCUGAUGAAAGCAGACUGACCUUCCCUAUCUUCCCUGUGGUAGAUCAUUCAGUUUACUGUAAAUGCCACACAGAGGGUUAAGCAUAGCCUGCUGCUGGAUUAAAUAAGAGGAAUCUUUGAAAACUGAUCAAAGGUGCCUCCCAAUAGCAGAGCCACUACAUUCACAGAAAGUAGGUAUUGGGUCCAGUCCACUAACUGUAGUUGUCAGUGACUGGUAGAGAAAUGAAAGAAAGCAUGGUUCCACCCUCCAGAAAUUCAGGACAAAUGUCUGUAUUUUGCACAUUUUUUUAAAGUCUCCUAAGGAGCCAAAUGUGAAUGUGUACAACUGGGGUAAAGAGUCAUGGGGUGGUACCAACUACAGCCUUAUGAGCCUCUGAACAUUCUUGAUAGCCUUAAUUUUAAAGCUGACUAGAAGGCAUUCAAUUAUGAUAAUGUGUACAAAUAUUUGUAAAUUUAUUGUAAAUACCUUUAGAAUAUGUAUUAAUGUGACUUUUUUUUAAUUUACUUUCCAACAGUAUAAAAAGUGAGAUUACACAAAUGAUUUUUUUCUGUGGAUAUUUGGCAAUCUCUAAAUUUGUUGCUUGUCUGUUUUUCUUUGUUGCCCAAAAGUAUGCUGUUCUCAUUAUGCAUAUUGCUGACAACUCUUUCAACCUCUCCACAAAAUCAGUACUUUGGAAUACCAGUGUGGCUGUGUAAGCUUUCCAGGGAUCAGGCAUUGUGCUUGAACUCCAUUUGAGAAGAAAUACUGUUUUGAACAUAUUUGGGAGGUUUCUCUUCUUUCAGCUAAACUGAAAGCUCUGAUUCAGUGUUUUGCAUCUACAAAGAGGUGUAUGAGCAAAAUUAUCUUUGUGGAAAUGCUGGAUUUGUGGCUUCAUCUGCACAAGGCAUCAGUGAAGAUGUAACUCUGCCUUCGUGAAACUAUGAUUUUGAGUGUUCCUUUGAAGAACACGUGUUUUCUUCCAGUCUGUAUUUCCUUGUUAGGUAUUAAUUUCCUCUCUUGCAUUCUUUCUUUACCUUACUGUUCUACCUACAUGCCAAAAGCAGUCAGUAUUCGCAAGAAAUAUUGUCAGAAUCUUCUUAAUCAAAGAUAUGAUGAGGACUUGCUAGUUCUGAUUAUAAGAGAACCUAGUUAACAUUUAUCAUAUUUGUGUUGGUGCACUUAUACAGGUUCCUUCCCCCUCCCUACCAAAAGGCAAAUGAAGGGAAGGUUUUUGUCCUUGGCAGGGAUAAACUAAUGAAAAACAAUUUUGCCAGCAGUGAAUUCCUAAUUGCAUCCAGUGGUUUAAAAGGAAUCAAGAUUAUUCAGAAUUAUACUGAAUUAAAUGCACACAUACAAGAGCUAAUAACAACUGAGUAUGUUCUCUUGUGUCAGGUAUAUACAAGCUGAGUCUACUAUAUCCAAAAUGCUUGGGACUGUAAAUGGUUUGGAUUUUGAAAUAUUUGCUGGUAUCCUGUUUCUAUCUUGCAAACAAACAACCAGGAGCAUGGCCACUGCCACCUAGAAGGUGAAAGCAGGUGGCUGGAGAUCGUCUGUACAGUAAUCAGGUCCCUUAUAUAAAAUAAAAUGAUGUAGCAUUUGUAGGCUGCAAAGAAACAGGAGAGAUGUAACACUGCAGAGACACAUGGCUGGAGAGAGACAAGGAGAUUUCAAAACCUGUUUUUUUAAAAAAUGCAUGAAAAACAGUGAAUUUUUUGAUAACUGUGGUGGUGGUGUUGGUAGCAAGGGAACAUAGUGGGAGGCAAGCUGGGCCUGGUGCUGGUGGGUGAUAGAACCCAGGAAGAGUGGUCUCAGCAACAGCAGCAGUCUGUGCAAUGAUGGGCAGCCUAAAAUCCAUGUUGCUCUUUCCAGCCAUGUCUCUCUGCAACCCUCAAAUAC